GUGGCCAGGAACAGCUAGUAAGAACAGAACAGGCCCAUUAACAGACUGUUAAUGAGCCCAAAGCCUGGUUGUAGAGAAAAGUUUUGCCUGGCACCUAAAGAUGUAUAAUGAAGGCACCAGCCGAACCUCCUUGAGGAGAGCAUUCCACAAAUGGGGAGCCACUGCAGAAAAGGCCCUUUCUCAUGUUGCCACCCUCUGGACCUCUCGAGGAGGAGGCAUACGAAGAAGGGCCUCAGAUGGUUAUAUUAGUGUCCGGGCCAGUUUACAGGGAGAGAGGCGGUCCUUGAGGCAUUGUAGUCCUGAGCCAUUUGAUGCUUUAUAAGACAAAACCUGUACUUGGAAUUAUGUCCAGAAACUAAUUGGUAGCCAGUGCAGUCGAACCAGGAUCGGUGUAAUGAACUCAAACCAUCUUGCUCCAGUGAGCAACCUGGCCGCUGAAUUUUGCACCAGCUGAAGUUUCCAAACCGUCUUCAGAGGCAGCCCUACAUAUUACGCAUUGCAGUAAUCUUACCAGAGCAUAGACAACAGUAGUUAGGGUAUCCCUGUCCAGAUAGGGGCAUAGCUGGGCCACCAGCUGAAGCUGAUGGAAGGCACUCUGUGCCACCAAGGCCACAUGAGCAAAGGAUCGAGGAGGAUCCCCAAGUACCAACCCGCUACCAACUUCCAGUCCAUUACCAAGGCAAGACCUCAGGGUCAUCAGCAUAGUGCUUACAGCGUACUCCAAACCUCCGGAUGACCCCGCUCAGUGGUUUCAUGUAGAUGUUAAAUCGCAUAGAAGAUAGGUGUUGAAUUUUACAACUUUGUUGAUUCUUUCCUGUAUUACCUUUAUGCGUUUGUUAAAUACGGUUCCAGUGUUUUAAUUGUGUGCUAAGCUGGGGCGUUUGGGCAAAUGACAACUUGUAAAUAUCUAAAACGAAUGCAUGUUCUUGUUGUUCAAGUCUUCUUGGAAGCUCAGCUGCUGCAGAGAACAAAGAUGGAAGAGCAAGGGUUAGCUGGGCGUGAGGCUGGAAAAGGACCCCAUUUAACCCAAGCUGGGAGCAGUGGGGACUUCUGGGAAAGGGCACAACAGAAGACCCUCGAUGAGGACAAUGCCAACCCAGACGCUCAGCGCCAGCGCUUCAGGAAGUUUGGCUACCAGGAGGCUGAGGGGCCCCGCGUGGUCUGCAGCCGACUCUACAGUCUUUGCCGCCAGUGGCUGAAGCCAAAAAGGCACACCAAGGCGCAAAUGCUGGACCUGGUGGUUCUGGAGCAGUUCCUGGCUGUCCUCCCCCCGGAGAUGGAGAGCUGGGUUAGGGAGUGCGGAGCAGAGACCUGUUCCCAGGCGGUGGCCCUGGCAGAAGGCAUCCUCCUGAGCCAGGCGGAGGGGAAGAAGCAGGUGGAGGGGUGGAGAGAAGUGGUCAGAGGUCCCCUCAAGGCAGAGGAGGACACCCUGGGCCCCAUGCAGAGGCCACAGUUCAGGUGGAUCGUGCUGGAGGGUGACGGAGGAACUGCCUCGCCAGGCGGCGAAAUGACCCUGGAGCGGCCUUCUGGCCCUUUUCCUCUUUGGCAUGGAGCAGAAGCGGUUCUUACCAAGCCCCUGGAUCAGAGCCCAGUGAUCCUUGAGGAGGUGGCCGUGCACUUCACGGAGGAGGAGUGGGCACUGUUGGAUCUGGGCCAGAGAGCUCUGCACCGGGAAGUCAUGGAGGAGAUCUGUGGGAACCUGAGCUCUCUGGCAGAAGGUGGUCAGUCCAGCGAGAAUUACCUGCAAUCACCUGCAGAGUACAAAAUGUCGAAAGAGACAUUUGGAAACCAAAGGGGACCCGAAAUCGUCAGUCCGAAUAAGCGACAUUGUCAAAUCAAUAUAAGCAUCCAGACCGGGGAGAAACCGUACACGUGUGUUGAGUGUGGAAAGAGCUUCAGCAACAGAGGAGACCUUGCUACACAUGAAAUAAUCCACAUGGGGGAGAAACUGUAUAAAUGCAUAGCUUGCGGAAAGACCUCCUGCACCAGUGGGGAUUUUAGUAAUGAAAGAAUGCAUUCAGGCUGGGAGCCAUUUGUAUGUGCCGAGUGCGGAAAGAGCCUUGGCGAUAGCAGAUCACUUGCUAAACCUCUAGGAACUCACACAAAAGAGAAAGCAGAUGACUGUGCGAUGUGUGGGAAGUGCUUCAGGUGUACUGGGAAGUCCCCAAAAGACAGGAAGAAAGCUGAGAAAAAAUUGGCCCUCAUGGCAAGGAGCAGGAGGGCUAGAACUGCCCACACACUGAAGGUUAAGCUGGAGGUGGUGGAGCGUGCAGAGCGGGGGGAACGAAACAAAGACAUCUCUUCAGCCAUGGGUUUGUCGAAGUCUACAGUCCGUACCAUAUUCAACAACCGCGAGAGAAUAAAAGCAAGCGCUGAAAAUCUGCAGAGCGAAAAGUUAACCAAGGUGACAACAGGGCGAGCAGAAAUUUACGAAACUCUGGAGAGGCUGCUGGUUCAGUGGAUUGACUGCCAUUGCGACCGGGACGCCCCAUUGUCCUUCCUCCUCAUUCAGGAGAAAGCACUGUCCUUGUUUGAGGACCUGAAGAGGAGGAAGGCAGAGAAGGGGGAUGCGAGUGCUGAGGGCAUGGGGUUCAAGGCGAGCAAGGGGUGGUUUGACAGAUUCAAGAGGAGGGCGUACCUUCACAAUGUUAAGCUAAGGGGAGAGGCAGCUCCUGCCAACACGGCAGCCGCAUCAGCCUAUCCCACACAUUUCCAGGAAAUCAUUGAGGAAGGCGGCUACCACCCGAAGCAGAUCUUCAACAUGGAUGAAACGGGGCUGUUCUGGAAGCGCCUGCCUUCUCGCACAUGCAUUUCCACCCAGGAGGCAAAGGCGCCGGGACCCAAGGUUUCAAAGGAUCGGCUGACGCUGCUGCUGGGGGGUAAUCUAGAGGGUGAUGCGAAGCUAAAACCCCUUCUUGUGUACCACUCGGAGAAUCCCAGGGCGCUGAAGGGGACCCCCAAAUCAGCUUUGCCCAUUUUGUGGCGUUCCAACAGAAAGGCAUGGGUCACCCGCGAAGUUUUCAGCGACUAUAUCAGGAGCUACUUUUCUCCUUUUGCAGCUGACUAUUGCCGGGAGAACAACCUGGACAACAAAGUGCUUCUCCUGUUGGACAAUGCCCCUGGCCACCCUGUCAGCAGCCAUGACUAUUCCGACAAUGUCCGUGUUGUGUUUCUGCCUGCCAACACGACUUCAUCAUUGCAGCCUAUGGACCAAGGUGUCACUGGCAAAUUCAAGGCUUACUACCUCCAGCUUGUCAUGAAACACGUAGUCACGAAGAGUGCCGAAGACAACAACAGAAGCCUCGGGGACAUCUGGAAAGAAUUCAACAUAAGGAAGGCUGUGGAUUUUAUUGCUACAGCUUGGUCAAUGGUUACAAAAGAGACUCUAAACGCUGCCUGGAAAAGCUUAUGUCCCAAGUAUGUUGGUGAUCACAGAGCGCUGGCAAAGGAAUUGCCCGCUGCACAUAAGACUAUUGUGGCCCUGGCAGCACAGGCUGGGUUUGAGGGUGUGGAUGAGGAGGACGUGCGAGAGGUGCUUGCGUCUCACACGGAACGCCUUACAAACGAGGAGCUGAUUCAGCUAGAUGAGCAGUGCUUUGGCGGGAAGAGGGAAGAGGGUGAGGGCAAGGAAACGGAACAGAAAGUUAUUGGCAUGAAAACUCUAACUCAAAUGUUGGCGCUGCAAGGUGGCUUACUGUCCGUGACUGGGGAAUAUGACAACAACUUCGAGUGUGCUCUAAACGCAGAAUGGAUGCUCGAUGAAUUGAUGGAGCCCUACACGUUUCUCCGUGACAAAAACCAGAGGGAGGCAAAGCAGCCCACAGUCCACGAUCCUUUUCAUAGGCAAGCAAAAGACAGCACUUCUGAUCUCGAAGCUUUGCCUUCCACAUCUGGUUAUGUUCCUCCCGAAAAGGCAGUUGCCAUCAAGGAAGAGAUCGUGGUCAUUGAGGUGAACGCGGAAGAAAUGGAAACUGAACCUGCAGACAGAACUGAUUCGUAGUCUUCCAUUUCGUUGAGUUUGUCUUGCCAUGCACCAUCGCCUUGAAUACAAUCUUGUUAAGGAUUGGGAUAAGGAGAACCUUAAAAAAGUAAAGGGACCCCUGACUAUUAGGUCCGGUUGUGACCGACUCUGGGGUUGUGGCGCUCAUCUUGCUUUACUGGCCGAGGGAGCCAGCGUACAGCUUCCAGGUCAUGUGGCCAGCAUGACAAAGCCACUUCUGGUGAACCAGAGCAGCACACAGAAACGCCGUUUACCUUUCUGCCAGAGUGGUACCUAUUUAUCUACUUGCACUUUGAUGUGCUUUCAAACUGCUAGGUUGGCAGGAGCUGGGACCGAACAAUGGGAGCUCACCCUGUCGCAGGGAUUCGAACCACCGACCUUCUGAUCGGCAAGCCCUAGGCUCUGUGGUUUAACCCACAACGCCACCCGUGUCCUGAAGGAGAAUCUUGCGGGACUUCAAAUGAUUGUCUGCAGAAAAUGUUUCAGUUAGCACAAACCAUGGUUGUAUUCAACUAGCUUUUACUCUAAGAAGACUCAUAGACACUAAUGACCAUAACUAUCUUAGGUCCAUUAAUUUUAAUGGGUCUACUCUGAGUAAAAGCUAGUUGAAUAUAGUCCCAUUUAUCUACAUUGCAGGAAAACAGGCAGGACUAAAAGGGGUGCUUUUAAAAAAUAAUGGGUUUUUAAAAUUAGCUUCCCAUGUAAUUUUUCCAAAAUAUCCAACUAAAUACAAAAGACAAGAGCACAUUUUUUCAGUGCUGAUAAAUAUAAUGUAUGUUGUUUCAUAUUGUUUGCUGUAGGUUUGCUGUGACCUGAUAAAACAUACACUGCUUAAAAAACCCAAGUUGAGGAAAAUGAGGGUAGGAAUAAGGUAGAAGAAAAGAGAAGAGAGAGAAAAAGGACCAAACCUUUUGUAAGCAAAACAAUAACCUAAGAGGAUUUUUAUGACAACCAGACAUUUCUGUUAACUUGUGGCAUUAAGUCACAUAGAUUUUUUGUCAUUAGCAUAUUACAUGAAGCCACCCCACACCACACCGAAAAGAAGUCCUGUGGCUGUGCUUUACCUGGAACUAGUCUUAACUUUGAUGUAAAUCCCCCCCCCAAUUGCAAUAUUCUAUGCAUUCUUGUACCACAUUUAUAUAUUCAAGUUGUUGAGUUCCUCCCAGUGCUGUACAAAAGCUCAACUAAGCUGCAAAUAUUAAGACGGUGAUAAAUUGUUUGAACGUUAAAUCUUUAUUUCUACCAUGAAACGAUGUUUAAAAAGAACGUUCCGGAGCAAAGUUUCUAUGUAUUGCUAAUAGUUCUUUGUGAAUCGGGGACCAGAAUGUUUGAAUGAGUGGUAACUUCCACCAUAGACAAAAGCCGGUCCCUUUAGUAUCUCAAUCAUGGCAACAAAUAAGGCUUAUUACAGCUGAUGUAAUAUGUGCUAGUUGGGCUAUAUAUGUCCCAUACCAUCUAUGCCAUAUUUUGUUUGAGAGUUUUCUAAUAUUUGCCAACACAGAUUUACUUGCCAACCACAGCCCUUUUCUGAUGGAAUCUUCAGUAUUUGUUACUAAAUCGUAUUCCCACACCGA